UAUGAGCGCUAUUCGAAAGAGUGCUCCGGAUAUCCGUGUCCGAAAGAAUAGCACAUCCCUACGACCUAGUAUAAUAGGAAAAAGAAGUGUGCCGGACAUCAGAGAAACUUUAUGUGACGAGCCUGAUCAAUCGAAAUGUGCCGAAAUCAAUACAAGCCCAGCAAUUGGUGGAUAUCUCAGUGUUCAGAGUGCUCCUAGUUCAAGAAGAUCCAGUGCCGAAGUCGAGAGUAACAAAUUUCAAAGGGAAAAUCGCUUAAGUGUACCCAAUAUGGUAGGAAAUGCUAUGGUCUAG